UUUAUUGUGAAGCGCAGUAAAAGAGGACCAUAACCGGGUACUUUUGCUCGGGUGGUCUUCAUUCCUCAGUGGGUCAAAUCGGACAUGGCAGGACGAGACCGAGUCGUGCAUCUGCUCCGGCUGCUGGAGCGCGCCGCGUGCAGGUGUCCUGCUCACUCCAACACCUUCCAGCGAGAUGUCGGAACUGCAAACUGCAUCGUCAGGAAAACGGAGUACGCCUUCGAGAUGGCGAGUUCCAACAUCCGGUACGGACCUGGAGUCAGCAGAGAGAUCGGCAUGGACCUUCAGAACCUCGGGGCUCAGAACGUUUGUCUGAUGACGGACAAGAACUUGUCUCACCUCCCUCCUAUGAAGGCCGUGCUGGAGUCUCUGGUUAGGAACGGAGUCAAUUACCAAGUGUUCGACAACGUCCGGGUGGAGCCCACCGACACCAGCUUCAAAGAAGCCAUCUCUUUUGCUAAAAACGGCUCGUUUGAUGUGUACGUGGCGGUGGGCGGUGGAUCAGUGAUUGACACCUGUAAAGCCGCCAACUUGUACGCGAGCCACCCUGACGCCGACUUCCUGGACUUCGUCAACGCUCCGAUCGGCAAAGGGAAGCCGGUGACGGGAGCGGUGAAGCCGCUCAUUGCAGUUCCGACGACUGCAGGGACCGGCAGCGAGACCACCGGAGUCGCCAUCUUUGACUACGAGCCUCUGAAGGCCAAAACAGGUAUCGCCAGCAGAGCCAUCAGACCCAUGCUGGGCAUCGUGGACCCGCUGCACACUCUCUCCAUGCCCGAGAGAGUGGCGGCCAACAGUGGCUUUGACGUCCUCUGUCACGCUCUGGAGUCGUACACCGCCCUGCCCUACGAGCAGAGGAGCCCCUGCCCCACCAACCCCAUCAACCGCCCCGCCUACCAGGGCAGCAACCCCAUCAGUGACGUCUGGUCCCGCCACGCCCUCAAUGUGGUCGCCAAGUACAUGAAGAGAGCCGUGCGGGAUCAGGAGGACCUGGAGGCCCGGUCCAGCAUGCACCUGGCCAGCGUGUUUGCUGGAAUCGGCUUUGGAAAUGCUGGAGUUCAUCUGUGUCAUGGGAUGUCAUAUCCAAUCGCAGGAAAUGUGAAGACUCACGCAGCCAAGGGCUACAGUGUGGAGCACCCCCUGGUGCCUCAUGGACUCUCGGUGGUGCUCACGUCUCCAGCCGUCUUUAACUUCACUGCGCCGAUGUGUCCGGAGCGCCACCUUGAGGCUGCAGAGAUCCUCGGUGCCGAUGUUCGACAGGUGAAGCUGGCGGACGCUGGUGCCGUUCUUGCCGACACGCUGCGUGAGUUCCUCUACGAUCUGCACGUGGAGGACGGACUGGGAGCUGUUGGAUACAGCCCGGAUGACAUCCCAGCGCUGGUGAAGGGAACUCUUCCUCAGGAGCGCGUCACCAAACUGUCUCCCAGAGCUCACACAGAGGAGGACCUGAGCCACCUCUUUGAAGCCUCCAUGAAGCUGUACUGAGGCCCCUGCAGCUGCGCUUCCUCCAGCGUCCACCAGAGGCCGCUGUUGUCUGCAGUAAGACUCCUCGGCAGCUAAAUCCAUCAGUCUGUCGUCAGGUGUUUCCUGUGUUCAGCCAAGUCAUGAUGAAAACCUCAGUCUUCAAUUAUGUGACUCAAAUCAAAUAUUUCUUUUUGGUUAAAAGCUUUUAAUAAAUAUUAAAGCAACCCGCUGCAUUGAUUCAGCAGCUCUAAAAGGUUUUGCAUUUUAAAUGACAUGAAUAUCCGUCCUCAAGCUGACUGAUUGUUAGAAGGUUUAAACGUUAAAUUAAAUCUCUGAAAAACAUAAUGAAAACAAGGACAGAGUUUUGUGAAACACUAACAGAACCAAGUUGCCUUAACUUUGAGUUUUUAAUCAAUUCUGAUUCUGUUUCUGUCAAAAUGUCAAUGUUUUUUUGUUAGUAUAAAGUGUGGAACUUUGUUUCAUGUCAUAAAAUGAUUUUACAAAGUUUGAUUAAAAAAAUCAUGCAUGUG